CUUUGAUAGUGUGCGUGCUCUGUAAAAUAGUAAACAUUCUGUGCCUAUAAAGAGCAGCACAUCAUAAUUUUCUUCACAUUCAAUUCCCGGCUUUUAACCUUUCCGCUAGCAAAACAGUUACUUAAAAGAAAUUACAAUGAAUCUUGGUGAUCAGUUCCCAAAUUUCCAGGCUGGAACAACAAUUGGUGACAUUGACUUCUACGAAUUUGGAGGCGAUAAAUGGACCAUCUUGUUCUCACAUCCAGCCGAUUAUACACCGGUCUGCACAACUGAACUUGGCCGUGCUGCUCAAUUAUCUAGUGAAUUUGAAAAGCGAAAUGUCAAACUUAUUGCAUUAUCAUGCGAUUCAACGGAAUCACAUCUUGGUUGGAUCAAAGAUAUUCAAGCAUACAACAAUUUAGAAGGUGACUUCCCAUUCCCAAUCAUUGAUGAUGAGUCACGAGAAUUGGCUGUCAAAUUGAACAUGCUCGACAAAGAUGAAAUUGGAUCUAAAGGAUUACCAUUAACAUGCCGUGCUGUUUUUAUCAUUGAUGGAAAUAAGAAAUUGCGUGCCUCACUUCUUUAUCCAGCAUCUUCAGGACGUAAUUUUGAUGAAAUCAUUAGAUUGGUUGACUCAAUGCAAUUGACUGACAGAAAUAAGGUUGCUACACCAGUCGAUUGGACUAAAGGAACUUACUGCAUGGUCGUUCCAACAGUCUCAAAUGAUGACAUUCCAAAAUUAUACCCAAAAGGCGUUGAACAUGUUCAAGUUCCAAGUGGAAAAAGUUAUAUCCGCAAAACUCCAUGCCCAGAAUAAAUUAAAUAAAAUAUUGAUUGGGGUGAUUUAAAGGUCUCGGGAAAUUAUUUUUUGAUAACAGAACUCGUGUGAAACAAAUGGAAAUUUAUAUCUCAAGAUAAGAGAGUAAAAAUUAAGUAAUAAAGUUUUUUGAAAUCUAGUUCCUUUUUUUAACAGAAAAAA